GUUUUGAUAAUAAUGUACGGUAAAGGUGGAGGUGUACGGACGUUAUUCGCUCUGCAUGCGUGUUUAGCUCUAGGUGGAUGUAUUGCACCAUUAAUGAGUGCACCGUUCGUCUUCAAUAGUGUACGCACUGGGACAUUACCAACAAACCCUUUAAUGUCUAUUGAUAUCAACGGUCAUCAUGCAGUCAACAAGAGACAUAUCACUGGGAUUGAGGCGCUGAAUGCAACGGGAAUUGAUGACCAAAUGACGAAUAGCUCUGAACUGAUCGCAUCAGCAGUGGAAUCACCGAAACGGUCGGUUGAUAUUACCGCAAGAAAUGCUUUUUCCUGUAUACUGAUGCUUUCGUUUAUGCUGUGGAUCUAA